AUGGCAUGUAAAUAUUGGUUGGGAAAAACUCCGGCGUCGAUUUCUUCACAGAGACCCAUAAAUCGUGCCAACAUGAAUUUAUUUGCGAUUCCAAACUUCAAGCAAAUGUCUGUGAGAAGAAAGGUUCAAUGCAUCUGUUUUGCUCACGGGGGAAUGCUGUUGGUUCUGUUGGUAUGGUCAUCUCACGUCUCUUACGAGACGGGUAAGAAAGCAAUUAACAAAGCAAUUGUUUAUAAUGUAGGAAAUAUUCUUUAAUUUAUUGUCGCAAUAAAUAGACUUUAUUUUCUUUUGAGAGACACGCGAUCAGUUUCCAACCGGUUCAUCCUCCUCAGGUUGGUAAAACGAUACGGGGAAGCAUUAUAAAGCUAGGGCAAAACAACAGACCCGUAUACUAAACAUGGACCCAUACCAAUGUAAUGGGUUUUGGUUUAGUUUGGUGAAGGAGAAUCAAUAUUUAAAGGGAACGGGAGGAGAGGAAAUAGUCUGCUACGCAGCUUUUUUGUGUCAUUGUGUUGCGUGACAAAACAACGGCUGUGUAGGAGACUAGGAAGGAAGAGGUAACGCUUGCUGACUGAGUACCCUCCCCUGACUCCCUUUCCCUUUCCUUGGCAAUGUUUGUUCGUCAGCAAACUAGUAGAAUACUGCUUUUGGUACGGAUCAAGCACAAAACUAGCUUAUUUUUAAAAACGUGGUUGGUCAGACAUCUGAUAAGCAACGUAGAUAUAGACAUGUGACAGUUAUAUGCAGGUCAUUUUGUGCUUGAUCUGUAAGCAGGAUUCAAUAAGUUUGCCGAUAAAUAAGUCUAGGGAGGGUAUGCAAUACAAUAACUCAAAAAUUCGUCUUCGUAGGGGACUGCUUCCUCCCUACCUCUCCUCCCUUCCCAAAGGUUACUCCUUCACGAGACUAAACCAAACCCAUGUAUGGAAUUCAAGAAAAUUUGAACGGGUGUAUAAUGCGAAGAGCCCAUAACCCUGAUAAUAUAAACUGACAGCCUUUUUGUACAUUUAAGGUUUCUAAAACUCAUUUAAUCCAUUUAAACCUGCGGUAAAACUAGGGGUGGUCCACAAGGGUAGUCCAUGGACCAGGUCCACGAAGGGAUCCAUGGGUUAGGUUCACAGGGGUGGUCCAUAGACCGGCGGUCAAUGUUUUGUAUACAGGCAUUAGCACAAUACUGAAACAGACUAUCGUCUGACAGAGUAAGGGUCACUUUAAGGAUUAACUUGAAUUGAUGGUCAUGUUGCUGUUCAACUGAUGAUUUUGAGAAUACUCCAGCCCAAGUAACAAUAGCGCAGUGGCGUGUUUAGCUCGCUCUACCAUCCUUUAGGAAAGUGAAGGAGUUUUAGUAACAAAGUGUGCGGGCGACUGUUGUAACAUGAUGUGAGUACGAUCAAUCCCUCGCUGAUGGUUUGCAGGGCGGUAAGGAGGAAAAUAUAUGAAAAGGUGUAAUGGCCGUGGAAUCCCUUAUGGGCUGCAAACGAGGGCUGCUUUUUUUCUCAACACAAAAACAACUUUUAAGAACGCCACACUGUAUCCAACCCUAGUGGACAACAGGUUUUUACCCAGGGAUGUCUGGAUCACCAACAGGGUUUUACAUGCGUAAUUGCAACCGUAUUCCUGUCACUAUGUGUAAGUGUUUCCACUGAACACGGACACUGUUCCUUAGUGUGUCAGAAAGGUAUUGAAUGCAACUCGUAUAAUGAAAAAUAAUUUGAGAAAAAAAUUUUUUUUUUCAGGUGAACCAGCUAUUAUCCCAGCUGUUUCGGAAAGCCUUACAUUGUUAAACCAAGCAGAUAUCGACAGCAUGGCUGAUAACAUGAAAAUAUAUUUCGAUGUGUUAUCCCCUAAUACUGUACAAAUAACACUUUAUAACAAAGGGUCGAGUCCCAUAACAAGGGGUAAAUGGGCAGUAUAUGUUUGCAUGUUAGGAGUAUUGGAUUAUGACCAUCUCGCCAAUAACCCUAAAGGUUAUGUUCUACCUGGUGGUAGCAAUUUAAAACUGACGCAUAUUAAUGGAUGUCUGUAUAAGUUAGAGCCUCUGGAUCGAUUCAAACCAUUUGCCUCGGGACAACACAUCAAAUUAAAAUUCAACAGCAGUUUCGUAAGGGCGCGCACUGACUUGGCACCAAACUGGUAUGUUGCUGCUGAAGGCUUGAUGCCAAAAAUCAUAGCAAACACAGCUGGUGAGGAUCUUAGUUUUGUGUUCUCGUCUAACAAGUGGACUUGGGAUCCUUUCCGUGCCAAAAGUGUACCUGACCUUGGACAUGCGCCUAACAUGCUUAUCCCCACGCCAAGGGAGAUCCCGAUGGUUGAUAAAACUAGAAAAGUGAUCCUUUCACCGGAAUGGUGUAUCUAUGAACAGAUGGGUCUAGAAAAUGAAGCGAAGUAUUUAACAGGUACGGUU